AUGAAGACGCAAACCAUGAACCUCACACAACCAAAGGUCACUCCUGGUACUAUGGAAAACAACUCCAUGAAGACGAAAACCCUGAACCUCGCACAACCAAAGGUCACUCCUGGUUCUAUCGAUGAAGACAAUGUCUACAGAAAUCGAUUUGCUCGUCCCGGUAAGCCACUUGAAUCUAAUAUCAUCAUUGAAAGUGGCGCUCUGCGAAAUCUCGAAACGCGUGGAAGGGAAAUCAUCCCCGAGCUGUGUCACGAAGCCAAGAACUACCUCGUCGUGGACGAGAUCGUCGACUCAGUCUACGGCGAUAAGGUCCUCCAAGGCUUCCGCGAUGCCGGAUUGGAUGUCUACAAGAUCGUCACUCCCGCCGACGCCGUCGACGAGAGCGGAAACCCCAGUGCUGAACGCCACAAGACACUCGCUGUGUUCUCGAACUGCGUGAACGAAAUCCUUGAGUCCGGCAUCUCCAAGAACUCCUGCAUAAUUUCCUUGGGUGGCGGCGUGACAAAUAAUUUAUGCGGCUUCAUUGCUUCUUCGCUGUACAGAGGAGUAACGCUUGUUCAUUUGACCACGUCAAUGAUGGGGAUGACCGAUGCAGCCAUUGAUUUCAAGCAAGCCGUGAACCACCAGCUCGGAAAGAACCUGCUUGGAUCGUACUAUCCAGCUGCCAAUAUUGUGAUUGAUCCCGAAGUCUUGGAAACUUUGUCCAAGCGACACAUUCUGAAUGGAAUCUCCGAGGCCCUCAAGCACGCCCUCUGUCAGUCGAGAAAGGUGACCGAGGCCAUUGUCAAUCCAUUGGACGAGGACCUCCACCAAGCUCUUCGCAACUCUGACUUCCUCGAGAUGGUCUGCCGCGAUUGCAUUGACCACAAGGUUCCCACUUUGACCCACUACAACGAGUCAGACUUUAACGAGAUGGUCCCUCAAUACGGGCAUGCCAUUGCCCAUGCCGUUGAGCAUUUGUCCUUUCACUCUAAGGGUGUGAGCCCUUUGUUGCACGGUGAGGCCGUCGCCAUUGGAAUGUGCGUGACUGCCGAGGUCAGCCGUAUUCUUGGAGUCUGUGAUGAGAGCACAGUUGACGAGCACUACAGCUACGUCUCAAGAGCUGGUCUUCCUGUUUACGUCCCUGAUGGAAUCGGAAUCGAGGCCAUCCAAAACAAGCUGUGCUAUGAUAAGCACUACGUCAAGAAGCCCACCAUGGGUCUGUUGGCCGAGAUUGGAAAGAUGCACUGUAAUCGUGACGGUUCAUUUUCUGUUGAGGUUGAUAACGAGGUCAUCAACCAAGCUUUGGUGAACCACAUGAAGCGAAGAGACAAUGCUGACAGAUGUACUGACUUGUACACUAUCGAAGCCAGCGACACACUCAAGUCCGGCCACCCAUCAUCAGCUGGAUUCACCGUCUCAUCCGAUGGUUCCGAUUCUAAUCCAGCCUCCGAUCGCUCGCACAGUCGCAGUGCUUCCUUGGACAGUGAAAGCAACCGAUCAUAUGGUCCUGCCACUACAUUCGAUUGGGAUCCAAUGACUGCAAAGUCUUUUGGAACUCGACAACAAGGGAUCAGUAACUGCUACUGCAAUCCAUGGGAGUGCAGUUGUUGA